AUGCCUCGCCUUCGCAAACAGCGCAGUAGGACUUCCGUUCGAAGUUCAAGUUCCUCUAUACCAAGCCCAUCCAGCGCCCCAACGCGGAAAUGGAAAUGGUCCUCCUCACUCAUCCUCCAAGCCUUGAACUGCUGUCACCGGUCCGGAGAGCUUCAUGAUGAGAAUGAGACGACUGACGCGAACAGAAUAUACAUGAACCACUUUGUAUCCUCGGCGCAUACUGUCACCGUCACGGAAUCAAUGAUAGCAGAAGCCACCCAGAGAGCUGUCAGUGAGCUCGCAGACAACAGGCCACGGGGGAGCAGGCUGCGUCUUGCCAAUCCCGACCCGGCAGGCUCGUCCCAGGCGUCCGCGUCCGGGUCGUCGUCGUCAACAUUAGCGUUGCCGUUGACGGUGCGGCCGGGGACGGGCACGGGGACGAGGACGGGGCCGCGGCCAUUGGGUCAAACGGUGUGUCCGGGUCCGGGAAGUUCGCCUGACACGGGGGGGGGCAUCGACGGUUCAGCCCGUAGCAGGGGGCAACGGUCCAAACUUCUCCUACCCUACACCCCGAUCAACUCCUGCCCCUAUGGCACCUAG